AUGAACGGGCUAGGCGAGCCCGACAAAUCGAACGAGUUGAUCGGGCCCAAAGCCUCAAAAAAGUUGGGUGAGCCCGAUGACCUGAACGGGCCAGGUGGGCCUGAAGACUCGAAUGAAUCAAGUGGACGUAAUGACCCAAACGGACCAGGCGGGCCUGAAUACCCGAACGAGCCAGGUGGGCCCAAAGACCCAAAUGAGCCAAGUGGGCCCAAAGACUCGAACGAGUCAAGCGGGCACAAAGACAUAAACAGGCCAUGCAGGCCCGAUGACCCGAACGAGUCAAGUGAGCCUGAAGAACAUAAUGGGUUAGGCGGUCCCAAUGAUCCGAACGGGUCAGGCGGGCCCGAAUACCUGAACGGGCCAAGCGGACCCGAUGACCCGAAUGGGUUAGGUGGGCCCAAAGACCUGAACAGACCAGGUGGGCUUGAUGACCCGAACGGGUCAGGCGGUUCCGAAGACCUGAAUAGGCCAAGCGGGCUAGAAGACUCAAAUGGGUUGGGAUGGGCAGGUCGUGCUCGACAACUUGUACGAAUUGAGCAAGCUCGAGACCUCGAUGGCCCUUGUGAGCUCGACGACCCGGACAGAGGUCAGGUUCCUGAAGAUCGAUUAGCAUUUGACCCGGAGAUAGAAAAGACAGCUAGAAGGAAUAGAGGCAAAAGCAAAAAGAAGCAAGGAAAGACAAGGGAAGAAUCUUCCAGUACUUCCAUCACACCUCAAUCAGAAAACAUGGAGAAUCAAAGACCAGCUCCAGCCAGGAAUACACUUGGAGACUAUGCUAUGCAACAAGGGCCGAGAUAUUUUUCUAGCAUACCAAUACCAUCCACCACUAAAACUCUGGAGAUGAAGCCAGCUUUCCUCAGCUUGAUCAGUUCUCAUCAAUUCACUGGAAUGGAUAAUGAAGAUCCAUACACUCAUCUCUCUACAUUCUAUGAAUUGAUAGGAACCAUGGGCUUUCAAGAAGGAGAUCUUGAGCAUUUGAACAUAUUCUGUAAUGGUCUGAGGCCUGACACCAAGAUGAUAUUAGAUGCAGCAGUAGGUGGAACAAUGAUGAGUGUAGAUGCGGAGCAAGCAACAAGAAUCAUUGAGGCAUUGGCAUCCACAAAUCAUCAAGCUCAGCAUAAUAGGCAAACUGUUCAGAGGAAGGGAGUGCUUGAUCUUAGUACUACAGAUGCGAUCUUAGCUCAAAAUAAGAUUCUGACUCAACAGAUUGAAGCACUGACGAAGCAAAUGUCUAAAUUACCAGAGCAGUUGCAAGUUGUGCAAUCUUCUCCUAGUCAACAACCCAUGAGAUGUGACUUCUGUGGAGGAGAUCAUCCAAAUGGUCAUUGUUCUUAUCAGAGUAGCUCACAAGGAGAAGUUCAAUAUGUGAGCAACCAAGGAAGACCAGGAAAUUUCUCCAACAAUAACAACUUUUCACAGGGGUGGAGAAACAAUCCAAAUCAGAAUUUUGGAUGGAAACAAGAUGUUGGUCCUUCAAACAGACAACCUCCUUAUCAACAACAGCAACAACAUUAUCCUUCGGUGCAUGACAGAACAAAACUGGAGGAUACUUUAGAAAAGUUUAUGCAAGCUUCUUUGACUAAUCAGAAAAAUACAGAAGCUUCAAUCAGAAAUCUCGAAACACAGAUUAACAUCCCUUUCGUGGAGGCUAUGGAGCAGAUGCCGACAUAUGCAAAAUUCAUGAAAGAGCUCCUAACAAAAAAAAGAAGAUUCUCUGAAGAGACACAAGACUACAAGCCUGUAGCACAGCCUCAACGGCGAUUGAAUUCAACCAUGAAAGAGGUGGUCAAGAAAGAAGUAAUGAAGUUACUUGAUGCAUGUAUGAUCUAUCCAAUCUCCGACAGUGCCUGGGUCAGCCCGGUCCAGGUAGUUCCAAAAAAAAGAGGUAUGACUGUUAUUUGUAAUGAUAAAAAUGAAUUAAUUCCUAUUAGAACAGUCACAGGUUGGAGAAUGUGUAUAGAUUAUAGAAAAUUAAAUCAGGCCACUAGGAAAGAUCAUUUUCCUUUGCCUUUCAUGGAUCAAAUGCUAGAAAGGUUAGCAGGGCAAGCAUUCUAUUGUUUUCUGGAUGGAUAUUCUGGUUAUAAUCAAAUUGCAGUGGAUCCAGAAGACCAAGAAAAAAUUGCUUUUACUUGUCCCUUUGGUGUGUUUGCUUACAGGAAAAUGCCUUUUAGAUUGUGUAACGCACCAGCAACCUUUCAACGAUGCAUGCUUGCAAUUUUCUCUGAUUUGGUGGAAAAAUGCAUAGAAGUCUUUAUGGAUGACUUUUCUGUAUUUGGUGCUUCAUUUGAUCAAUGCCUGGAAAACUUAAACAUCGUACUAAAACGGUGUGUUGAUACCAAUCUGGUUUUGAAUUGGAAAAAAUGCCAUUUUAUGGUAACUGAAGGUGUGGUUCUGGGCCACAAAAUCUCUGCUAAAGGUAUUGAAGUUGAUAAAGCUAAAGUGGAGAUCAUUGAAAAGUUGCCACCACCCAAACAUGUGAAGGGUAUCAGGAGUUUUCUAGGCUACGCUGGGUUCUACAGACGAUUCAUCAAAGAUUUCUCCAGAAUUGCCAAACCACUCAGCAAUCUGCUUAACAAGGAUACACCCUUUAAUUUUGCUGUUGAAUGUUUGCAUGCAUUUGAAUUGUUAAAACAGAAAUUGGUUUCAGCUCCUGUGAUAAUUGCUCCUGAUUGGAAUUUAGGCUUUGAGUUAAUGUGUGAUGCAAGUGACUAUGCCAUAGGAGCAGUUUUAGGACAGAGGAAAUCCAAAGUUUUUCAUGCUAUACACUAUGCUAGCAAAGUCCUUAAUGAAGCUCAAAUUAAUUAUGCAACAACUGAAAAGGAAUUGCUAGCUAUAGUUUAUGCAUUGGAAAAAUUUAGAGCAUAUUUGAUUGGUUCAUCUGUCACUGUAUAUACUGAUCAUGCUGCAAUUAAAUAUUUGUUAACCAAAUCUGAUUCAAAACUAAGACUAAUUAGAUGGAUCUUAUUGUUGCAGGAAUUUGAUUUGGUGAUUAAGGACAAAAAGGGAAGUGAAAACUUUGUAGCUGAUCAUUUGUCUAGAUUGGUGAAUACUGAGGUGACCAACACUCAAUCAGAGGUGCAGGAGGAGUUUCCUGAUGAAAAAUUGAUGAUGGUGCAAGAAAGGCCAUGGUUUGCUGACAUGGCCAAUUUCAAAGCUGCAGGGGUCAUACCUGAAGAUUUUAAUUGGCACCAGAAGAGGAAAUUCCUAAAAGAUGCACACCAAUAUGUGUGGGAUGAUCCUCAUUUGUUCAAAAUUGGAGCUGAUCAAUUGUUGAGAAGGUGUGUAUCCAAUGAUGAGACCAAUGGACAAGCGGAGGUGUCAAACAGGGAAAUCAAGCGUAUUCUAGAGAAGAUUGUGGCAUCUUCAAGAAAAGAUUGGUCAAUGAAGUUGGAUGAUGCACUCUGGGCCUACAGAACUGCUUAUAAAUCUCCCACAGGUUUAUCCCUAUUCCAGCUGGUAUAUGGUAAGUCAUGUCACAUACCGGUUGAACUGGAACACAAGGCAUUUUGGGCCUUGAAAUUCUUGAAUUUUGAUCCAAAGGCAGCAGGAGAAAAGAGAAAAUUACAGCUACAAGAAUUGGAAGAAAUGAGACUCAGCGCUUAUGAGUCCUCUAAGCUCUACAAGGAAAAGAUGAAAGCGUAUCAUGACAAGAAAAUUCUCAAAAGAGAAUUUUAUCCUGGUCAAUCAGUGUUAUUAUUCAAUUCCAGGUUGAGGCUAUUCCCUAGAAAGCUAAAAUCAAAGUGGUCAGGACCAUUUCUUGUCAAAAAUGUGAGACCUUAUGGAGCCAUUGAACUAGAGGAUCCUGAAUCUAAAAGGAGCUGGGUUGUAAACGGGCAAAGGUUGAAGCCCUAUCUUGGUGGUGAGAUUGAUAGGCUCGCCACAAUCAUUCAACUGGAUGAACCUUAA